AUGACCAGAAAUUGGCUCUCUACCGUGAUAAUCCAGUGGAUGCGGCUGAGAGAUACAUUCAAACCCAAACCCAAGCGGCAUGGUUACGUUCAAAACGAAGGCUGGAGGCCUACCCCAUUGCGAACGCCCUUCCUUCUGUCCUUGGCGGUUCUCAUUCUGUUGACAUUGGGAGCAUUGGAAUUCGUACGGUCGUACUCAAAUAAAUACGGUGGUCUUGCGGCAUAUGAUAAUUUUCCGGAUAAUGCUGCGCCUAUCGCGGCUUGCUACAAGUAUAUACCAACUUUUGUUGCGCUAGUCAUUGUGACUCUAUGGAGUUUCUGUGCCUACGAUGUGAUGCGACUCGAGCCCUAUUUCCAGCUAGCCAUGAAUGAGAGUGUGCCUGCGCCGGUGCUUCUCAUCAACUAUAAUUUUUCUUAUGGCAUAUUGGCUCCGAUCAGGGCUGCUCGCUAUAGCCAUUGGCUAGUAUUCUGUGUAUCACUUGUGUCCUUGGCUUUGCGAAUGUGCUUGCCAGCCUUGCACUCUGGUCUUAUUUUCAUGGAUGAUAUAAACUUCUACAGCGUUCAGACGGUGAAUACAUGGCCCAAUCUGAUUGAUCCGGAAUCUCAGGCAGCGUGGAUGGAUGAUCAGGUGCUCCCCAAUGGCCACACUGACUUGGGUGCUCAGCUGCGACUACUUCCAUCUUCUGAGUACGCCAUGGCUCCUUUGGUAUUGCCUGCUGAUAAUCUGGACAAAACCCUUCUGAUCUCCUUGAAUCAAACAAUCUACUGGGCAAACCUAACUUGUGUCGAUAUAUCACUGGAUCGAUAUCUUCCAACCAGCUUUAAUUCCCAAAGCACGGACUCGGGAGACCAACGGCCAGUAUCAUUUGAGGCCCGCAGGAUUCAGGUGCCAGGGGAGGCGGAUUCCAGCAGCGGUUGCACAGUCGAUGUCGCUCUUGAGCGCACUAUCUCGGCCGACACCAACAUCUCCCAGAUCCGUUACUGGGAGCCACGGCGAACCAAUACGAGCUCCAGCGUUUUCAACUCUAGCCAUUGCGACCGGUUCGUUUUAUACGGUAUGGUGUUGGAUUUGGGACUAGCAGCCAAGAAUUCCAAUCCAAUAUCUCACGCCGCAGCAUUUGCGUGUUCUGCAACCUACCAUUAUGCAAAUGCCAAUGUUUCCAUGUUUGCCAAUUCCUCAGUCACAUCCGUGUCGGUUGAUCCAGAUACGGUUGGCAGUCUCGGACCGGCAGAGUUCCAAAUGGAUAAAUUCCAGGAUUUAAUGCGCUCCAAGUCAGAAGGGGCAUUCACAGAAGAUUCCAUUGCUAAAAGGAUAGAUCGCUAUCAAAGAGACGUAUCUAGUCUUUGGGAACAAACAUUUAUUGUCACAAUGAGCAAGUUGUUUGACCCUACUACAAGUCCAGUAAGCUUGGAUGCGCAGCAGGUGGCAACUGGAGUCAGUGUAUACGUGAUAUCACGUACAGCACUCGCUGCCGAGUCAAUACUUGGCGCAGCUGCCGUUUUACUUCUCUUGCUGUCCUAUGUUUACCCACGCAGACCUAGUUUCCUCCGAAGUGACCCAGGACCUAUCGGCGCGCAAUGUGGUAUAAUUGCCGAUUUCUUCCACCCCGGUGCAAUCCAGGCAUAUGUAGAUGGCAAUCUGCAUAAGGCCACCAGCCGGCAGCUUCGUCAAUGGUCCAACAACCUGCGGUGCCAAUGGCAAGAAGGACAGGAUGGGCGGCGGAUUGCGCUCGUCACCACUGACGGCCGGCCUCCAGAGAUAUCUGCUCGCGCAGCUCGUCGAACACAAGAUCCUAACCCGCACUUUCUUAUCAUCCCGUGGUUUCUAUUCGAAUGCAUAUUGCUGGUUGUGACGGUAGUUUUCUUCGUGGCGUCCCUGCAGCGUUUUGGCUUCAAAAAAAGGAACCCUUAUUACACAACAUGGGACUUGCUGUGCUUAAUGUUGCUGGUCUACGCUCCCAAUGUAGUUGCCUCCAUGGUGACUGUGCUGCUGGCGUCCAGCUUGCGGCAUCUGAGCACUUUGGAACCAUGGGUACAGUUGCAACGAGGUAUGGCUACCGCUAAGCAGUCUCUCUCCGCAAAUUACGCCUCCCAAGUCCCACUUGCGGUAUUGGCGAAAUGCAGAAAAGGCGGACCUCCGCUUCUGAUGAUCGUGUCGCUGGCAUGUACACUCGAUCUGAUUCUCAGUCUCGUCAUCGGAGGGAUCUUUGUGCCGCAAGUUGAUCUAUCUGCUAAAUCUGCCACCUCCCUCUUGUAUAGGCAGUACAGUCCCUCUACCUUUUCAGCCCCGGCAUCUGCAGUCAAGUUUAACAGCUUUCAUUUUAUCCCGAUGAACACAAGCAUGCCGCAGAUUCCAUGGACAACCAACGAAUAUUCUUUCAUCCCCAUCGGUAACGAUGAUGAUGAGUAUUAUAGAACUUUCUACACUACCACUACGCGUGGAAUUGGUGCGAGCCUGACAUGUCGCGAGCUGCCAGCAAAUCAUUCAUGGUCCGACACAAGCACUGGUAAUCGGUACUGGCACUAUCAACCUUUCGACGACACUGCCAACACAAAUUGCACGGUGGAGGUCCCGUCGGCCAGAACAUCUGACAGUGAAGGCAUCGGUGACCAGUCUAUCCGUUACCUAACAUCUGCUGGGCCCACAGAUUGCCAGAUGUUGACGAUCCUUGUCCUUGCCCGUUGGGGUGUAUCAGAUGGCAUCGUUGGGGACGCUGACAAAACAACGGCAUUGCAGUGCCAACCGAAGAUUCACAUUCAAGACUUUGAGAUCGACUUUGACUUCAGUGGACAAAUCCAAGCAUAUAGACCGGUUCCUGGUAGCUCAGUAACCAACGGAGAUAUGUUCCUUAAUGCCUCCAAGACACUUGCACAAUAUAACCAGGUGUUGACGGAUUUUCUUCAGAGAUCUGCAGAAUCCCCGUCAUCCCCCUUUUCCCGGCACGACUGGCCUGGGAUCUUAACUGCGCAUACCUACGAGAGAUGGCAUCCGUCAUCCUCUUCAUUCGCACCUGAUUCUCUGAUUAGUGCGGCCCAAACCACAUACUCGACGAUGUUCAGCACCUAUAUCUCCCUCCGGCGAGACUUGUUCCUAGAGCGGCUGACGGGGAGCUCUCUUCCUGCCCUUAAUGGAACCAUGGCGGAGACUGAUUGGGAAAUGGAACUGUCUAUCCCGACGGUGGUCAUUGUCAUCGUGAUUAUCUCCCUGGAUUUUCUAGUCAUGGCGGGGGUAUUUCUUACCCGCCGUGGACGGUACCUAGGGCCGCGCAUCCCUCGAUCGAUUGGAGCACUUAUCCCAUGGGUCACGCAUAGUCAGAUGAUGCGGGACUUCCAGGGGGCGUGUAAAUGGAACAACGAAGAAUGGGAGAGCCAUCUGGCGCAGAGUGCGAGGCGAUACCGGUUUGGUGAGACGGUGUGUGCGGACGAGGUGAGCCGGUUGAUGAUUGACUACGAUACGACGUGCAAAGAGCAUGAGCAGGGGCGUCAUAAAGGGGCUCGGGCGGACACCGUUCUCGACUUCGAUUCGGCUCCCGAGUAUGACUCCGCGGCGAUUCUCGACGAGAGUGUGCUCAGUCUGGACGACGGUGUAUUAGUGACCUGUCCGACUGAUCAAUACCGGGUUCAUCUUCUCUCACGCGAGCCAUUGGUGAUAUACAUUGAGGAUUUUGUCAGUGAAGAUGAAGCGGACGAAUUAGUUAAGAUGAGUAAGAAUUACACCCCCUCCAUAAUCUACGACGGCACCACCACGCGAGUCGAUCCCACAGUCCGCCUGUCAGACCGCGCCCUGCUGGACCGCACCCCCACCGUACGAUGUCUCGAGCAACGUGCGCGAUCCUUUCAGGGCUGGCGACCGAAUCUGUACAUCGAGCGCAUGUGGGCCCAGCGAUAUAAUGCCUCGGGCCACUACACGCAUCACUUUGACUGGGCGGGAUCCGUCGCCGCGCGCGGCGGUGACCGUGCCAGCACUUUCAUGGUGUAUCUGGGUGCGGAGUGCGUGGGUGGAGGGACGAGUUUUCCACGGUUGAGGAGGCCGGUUGAUACGAGGUGGUGCCGGUUUAUUGAUUGUGAUGAGCAUUAUCAAUAUCAGCAAGAGAAGGGGCAGGAGCAGAGGGAUCAAGGGGCCGGGUCAGGCACAGGGCCAGUGACAAAGGAAGGCAUAACGUUUAAACCUAUCAAAGGGAAUGCCAUCUUCUGGGAGAAUCUCAGACCGGAUGGGUCCGGAUACUGGGAGACGUGGCAUGCGGCAGAGCCGGUGGUCGAGGGAACCAAGGUGGGUUUGAAUAUUUGGAGUUGGUAUCAAGCGCCGAGAAGGUAA